CAAAUAGCAACUCAACUGCUCCUCUGUCCUUGUUUUUGCUUCCAUUUUGCCCAUCCUGUGCUUAUUUAUACCCUCAUACACUGAUAUUUCCGCCAGUGCUCUCUUUCUUGUCUCUCUGUUUCUCAGGAAUUUUGUCGAGCAACUAGCAGAGCAUAAUGGGUAGCCUUGACACGGAGAGGACAGUUGUAGGAUGGGCAGCAACUGACCCUUCUGGGAUUCUCGCUCCUUAUACCUACACUCUUAGGGACACUGGUGCUGAAGAUGUUUUUGUCAAGGUUCUCUACUGCGGAAUCUGUCAUAGUGAUCUUCAUCAAAUCAAGAAUGAUUUGGGCAUGUCUCAAUACCCAAUGGUUCCUGGGCAUGAGGUUGUGGGGGAGGUAGUGGAAGUGGGAUCUGAAGUGACCAAAUUCAAAGCCGGAGAUGUUGUUGGCGUUGGACUGAUUGUCGGAUCCUGUGGGAGCUGCCGUCCAUGUGAAUCGGAGGUAGAGCAGUACUGCAACAAGAAAAUCUGGAAUUACAAUGACGUUUACACUGAUGGGAAACCCACCCAAGGCGGCUUCGCUGAAUCUAUGGUUGUCCAUCAAAAGUUUGUAGUGAAAAUACCAGAUGGGUUGGCUCUAGAACAGGCUGCCCCGCUAUUGUGUGCGGGUGUGACAGUGUACAGUCCAUUGAACCAUUUUGGACUGAAACAAAGUGGACUCAGGGGAGGAAUAUUGGGGCUUGGAGGUGUUGGACACAUGGGUGUGUUGAUAGCAAAAUCAAUGGGACACCAUGUGACUGUCAUAAGUUCUUCUGAUAAGAAGAGAGUGGAGGCCUUGGAGCAUCUUUGUGCUGAUGAUUACCUGGUCAGCUCGGAUGAAACUCGGAUGAAAGAGGUGGCUGACUCACUUGAUUAUAUCAUUGACACUGUCCCUGUUGGUCAUCCUCUUGAACCUUAUCUUUCAUUGCUCAAACUUGAUGGGAAGCUCAUCUUGACUGGUGUUAUUAACACCCCUCUGCAAUUCAUGGCUCCUGUUGUUAUGCUUGGAAGAAAGGUGAUCACAGGGACCUUCAUUGGGAGCAUGAAGGAAAUACAGGAGACAAUUGAUUUCUGCAAGGAGAAGGGUUUGUCUUCAAUGAUUGAAGUGGUCAAAAUGGAUUACAUCAACAAAGCUUUCGAGAGGCUUGAGAAGAACGAUGUCCGGUACCGGUUUGUGGUCGAUGUUGCCGGCAGCAAGCUUGAUCAAUAGACCAAAUGAUCAUGCAGAUGACAGCCAAACUCCCAUACUGAGAAACUGAUAAUAUAUUUUCACAGGGACUCCACAUUACUCUUGUGUUUUGUUUGUUUGACUUCGCUUGUUGGUUUUUCUUUGAUUGCUGUACUAUUUAUAUGAACUUCUAAACUUCAUUCCCCCUUGCAUUUUGUCAAUAGAAGAAGAAACUAAGAGGUUAUCACGUU